CGCCCCGGCGCCUCAUGCUCCAGGGCCGGCUCUUGAGGCCUGGAGUCGGCCUCCAUCCCUUUUGCUCUUCGGCCGGACAUGGAAGGGGGCGAGCGAGGGUUUGCAGGUGAAAAUAUAUUGGAUUACUUUUUGAAUGCUAAACAAAUUAAGACAAGAGAUGGAGCUGAAAUCAUCUGGUAUCAUAGAGCAAAUAAUAAGUUACAAAUGACAGAGGCAAUACGGAGUACAGCUCACAUGAUAGAGGCAGAUGUCCUUCUUCAUGAAGGAGCAGAAAGUGAUGAACCAAUCAUGGCUCAUCCGCCUGAAACAAGUAGUGAUAACACACUAAAGGAAUGGCUAAAUGAAAUUAAAAAUACUAACAAGGGCAUCAAGCUUGAUUUUAAAAGCCUAGCAGCUGUGAAUCCCUCACUGAGGCUUCUUGGAAACACAAAACUCAGGCAACCCAUUUGGAUGAAUGCAGACAUUCUUCCUGGACCAAAUGGAAGUAACUGUGUAGUAGAUGCAAAGGGGUUUCUAGACACAGUGAUAUCAUUUUUUCCAGAUGUAACCUUAUCAUUGGGAUGGACAACUGGAUGGAGUAAUCUAAAAUACAAUAAAGGCUACAGUUCAGCAAUGGUGCAGGAGAUGGCAGCAAUAUGCAGAGAACUUACUCAGCCAAUAACAUUUCCUGUAAGAGCUGCUUUGGUGCGCCAGUCAAUAUCAGAACUUCUGUGGUUAUUAGAGCAAUCAGACAGAUACACCCUGACCAUUUGGACAGGAAAACAUGAUGAAUAUUCUGUAGAAGAUCUACUCUUCAUCAGAGACAGCUUUGAUAAAAGUAGAGUUUUUUAUGAUAUCUUAGAACCACAUAAUUCUGAAUUCAGAAAAACUAUAGGGUUGAAAAUUACAGCAUAAAGAAAGUUCAGUUAAUUAUACCUUGUAAGCAUCAUACUGUUGCCUAUGGAAAACGCACCGGUUGGAUCCUAACUUUCCUUUUGUUUCAUGGAGUAAAGUUAAUGGAAUUGGGCUUUCACUUCUUCCCUCUCCCUCUGCACGCCCUCUCUGCCCCUCCAAAUCUGCUUCUGUGGGUUCGUAGACCCUUGGGAAUGGCGUGGGAUAUUGGGGUGAGGGACUACAAAUGGAGGGAGGUUUGGGGAGAAAUCCUCUGCCUGCCAAUUGCAUGAAUGGAGGCGCAACUUCGUAUUCCAAGUGACUUCUUUUUUUAAUUAAAGGUUUAAUCAAAAUAGAAUUAUUGCAAAUGUUUUAUUGUGUCUUGCUUUCAAGGCAUAUUAUCCUCUUUCCAGGCUUGGAGUUCUCAAAUUGAAAGUGUACAGCCCCUAUCCCUGUGUUUUGUUGUUGCCCUAUUUUAUCAUGGCAAAUUAUGGGGAAAUGGGGAUCGGUGGCAGCAGGCUUUAAGCAGGGUAAAGAAGCAGAUGCUAGUUUUCAAAAUGUGUAUGAUCUUGCCCCCUCUGAUUCAUACCAUGCUGCUUUAGUAUCUACCAAAUGUUUUCCUCCUCACUGUGCUAGAAUCUUAAUUACUGCACAGCAUGUUAAUCUAAUAAAAUGUAUCCCUUUAUUGAUUUUAUAUAUUUAACUUUCUGGUAUAAGAACAACAGUGUACAACAAUUAUGAACAAGACAGUUAAAUGGGAAUACUUAAUCACACAGUGCAGUUAAAAUAUGGAUUUUGCUACUUCAAGAUGUAGUGAUAGCCACCAAUUUGAAUAUCUUUAAGAGGGGAUUUGAAAAAUUAAUUGACCCCGUUCAGAUGACAUGCUAAGCCACCAUAGUUAAGCAUUUUGAGUUGAACGUUAUGGCUUAGUGUGUUGUGUGAACCAUUCCUAACCAUGGUGGCUACAUAACCAUGGUUUAAACAUGCUCACUGACCAUUUGCUGGGAAAGGGUUAGCGUCCUAAUGAUGGCUUAGCAUGUUGUCUGAACUGGCCCACUGAGGAUAAAGCCAUCAGUGGCUACUAGUCUAUAUAUUACCUCCAGUAUCAGAGGCAGUUUGUCUCUGAAUACCAGUGGCUGGGGAACAUGAGAAGGUGGAUGCUAUUGCCCUUGUGUCCUGAUUAUGGGCUUCCCAUAGGAAGCUGGUGGACCACUUUGGGAACAGAAUGCUGGACUAGUUAGGUUUUUCAUCUUAUCCAGCAUUGUUCAUCUUAUGUUCUUAUGAAGAGUUGCUUCUCCCGUAAAGAUUUCUGAAAACAAGCAGGAUUUUAUUUCAUAUGUAUUUUUGGUUCUGACUUUCAGUUUUCUGAUAUCUACUUGUAUAAGCAAGAACAUAUGUACAUUGACUGUGUUUCACAGCAAAUGCUGUUGCAUUUGAGAUUAAUGAGACUCAGGAGGGAUAUUACAUUGCAAACCUGGAAAGUCAAACAAGUAGUUUUAAAAAUGUUAACAUGGACAACAAGAAACAUCUACAAAAAAUAAUAUAAUAUUUUGGAAUUUAGAGCUGGCAUUAUAAAUCUUUUACCUAUCCAUGACAGUUAAUUAAUAUGAUAUAUGCAAUGAAACCACAAUAAAUAGGUUUUUUUAUUCUGCUUUAAAUAAUGUUGCAUUAAAAGCAAAUGCAACUUCAAUUCCUAAACAAAUAUACCCUUUUAACAUUCAACAUUCAAGUCCAAGCUUUUUGUAUGUUUAUAGAAGGCAAAUCCAGUAUCCAUCCACUUAAAAUGUAAUUAUUCUUUACAUGGAUAGUAUUCCUUUUCUAUUUUCUCCAUUACCCAUAUAUUAGUAAUCACAGAGUCUUUUGUUAAAAUUUGAGUAAAUUUAUUUCUAUACUUCCCACAAAACCUACUUUACGUUAUCUCAUAGAACUCCAUACAAAGCUUUGCUCUGUUUAGAAACUGAAGAAUUUUAUCCUUAUAGAUUCAGGUUAUCUGUUUCAUAUUACCAGUGACUGUGUGCACUAGAGAAUACAUAAAGGAAACUGUAAUGAUACUAAAAUGAUUUGAUGUUGCAUAAUCUCUUUCCUCAGCCAUAAUAAAGCUGCUUCUGA